AUGCCUCCGAAGAAACAAGACAACGCGGAUGGUGGCGAGGGUUCCGAGCUGGCCUUCACCGAAUCGGAGACCAAGUUGAUCUAUCACAUCUUCAAGCACUCUCCCCCCAGCUCCAAGGUUGCGCCCAACUGGGAGGCCGUCCGCCAGGACCUUGGCAGCGCCAGCAUCGAGGCCACCAAGAAACGCUUUCAGCAGAUCAGCCAGAAGCGCGGCUGGUUCCAGGCGGAGGAGACAGGUGAAGCCACUUCUAACGCCAAGAAGACUCCUGCGCGCUCCAGCAGCAAGAAGAAAAGGGCAGCCAACGGUGGUGAUUCCGACGCGGCCGAUGAACAGACCCCAACCAAGAAACCAAAGACUGCCCCCCGCAAGACGGCUCAGAAGGACCGCGGCGAUGAACCUCAGGAAGACCAGCAGGAUGGCGGACUUGGCGUCAGCCUGGCAGCCGAUGCAGAAAUGACUGGUGACACUUAG